UCCAUUAAACAAUACGAAGAUCGGUGGAACCUGAAGCAUUUUGACUUUGACGACUUCGCUACUACAUCAAGAGCAGUUUUCAUCGGAAGACAGUGGUUAUAUCGUGAUAUCGAAGAGCUUAAGGAGAAUUGAAGCAACCGUGGCGUAUUGCUUGUUGGAAAUCCUGGUUCUGGUAAGACAGCUUUUGUCUUGAAUUUGCUUUGUUCAAGAGCUGCAAGCCCACUUAUUCAUGAUAAAAUAGCUGGUUAUCACUUUUGUAUGCAUUCGGACAAAGGAACUCAAAAUGGGGCCAAAUUUGUGGAAAAUCUUGCCAAUAUGAUUUCCUCAACCUUCGUGGAAUACGGCAAAAUCGUUUCGAGAGAUUCCUUUGUUCGUCGAGUGUUACAGAAGGAUUGUGCUCAAGCCCCAGAUUGGUGCUUUCAGGAAGGAAUCCUCACACCUCUGAAAAACCUGCUACACCCACCGAAAGAGACCUGGUAUAUUGUUAUUGAUGCCUUAGACGAGUGUUCAGUCGAUGGCCAAGGAGAAAUUUUAAAGAUGCUGAAGUCUAAAGUGCGACGCCUCCCAAAGUGGUUAAAAGUGAUUACUACAUCGCGUAAUGUAAGUUCUAUCACUUCAUACCUUGAUGGUGUGAGAAUACUAGAACUGAAAUCAAAGGACGAAAGAAACUUAGAAGAUAUUGUUACUUAUUUAUCUCUUAAGAUAUACCCUUUGAAAACUUCAAUUUUACAUGAUUUAAAGACUUACUUUUCAAUCAAGAACAACAGUUCUCUUAGACAACAAAUCGUUACCAGUAUUAUGGAAAGAGCUCAAGGUAAUUUCUUAUUUGCGAGGGUCCUAUUAGAUUGUCUUCUUGGAACACCGGAAAGAGUCAGUUGCACUGACCAGGGCUUUCCUAAAACACUUGAUAACAUUUUCCAACUGAACUUUGAACGUAAGUUUAGCUCACGCGAAUCAUUUCGCCCCUUUCGAGAGAUUUUUGAAAUCUUGGUUGCCGCCUAUACGCCUCUAUCAGCUGAAGACAUAUUUUAUGUCUUAAAACGUGACUACCCUGACCUUGACUAUGAAUACGAUUUAAUGCCAAAACUUAAAGAGGUGUCACUGUUCUUCUGGGAUAGAUCAGAAAAGGGACUUGUUCGCAUUUACCACUCUUCCUUGUCUGAUUGGCUGACCAGAGAAUCCAAUAAGGGAAACGAUUUUUACGUCAAGAAACAGAAAGGCCAUAGACGUCUUGCAGAAUAUUACCUUGAACAGUUAAAGAGAAACAUGAAAGCCUUGACACCAGCAAAAGCUUUGUAUUUAGCUUGCCACAUCGUGGAAGCAGGUUCAAAUAAGAAUCAAGUGGAUGAGUUUCAGGCACUGUCUUCAAAUCGCGUCAACGGAUCGGAUGAAGUAAAAACCACCUCAUUACACUUAAGUUCACGCUUGGUAAACCCAGAAAUUACUAAGCUUUUAAUGACGCAUUUUGAUGAUAUGGAUUGUCUGGAUAAUAACCAUCGCACGCCUGCCUUCAUUGCUGCAACUAGCGGAAAUCUUGAAAAUCUUAUCAUCCUUUCUUCAAAAGGGGCAGACAUCAAUUACACCGUCUCUUGUCCAAAUUUUAAGGCGCCAACAGAUGUGCGAAAAGCUCUGCGGGAAUGUAAAAGAAGAACGUGCGAAUAUUCAUCGUUGCACAUAGCUGCGCAGGAGGGAAAUGUUGAUGUCGUUAAAUUCUUAAUCGACCAUCAUGUGAGUAAAUCAAAAACAACAGGCUGUAAUAACACUGCCGUCCAGUUGGCAGCCGCAAAUGGGCAUCUCGAGGUCGUUAUAGCUCUCAAAAAGGCUGGCGCUUAUUUAGAUGGAAUUUCCCUACAUCAUGCGGCUGCUAGAGAUCACCAUCACGUCGUGGAAUAUUUAUUAAAAGAAGGCGUUAGAGAUCUCUGUAUAGAUUUUAGUCCUUUCAUUGAAUUCUGCCCGGCAACCAAUAUUAAAGGUAUCAAAGUUCAUGUGUACGACAACAUCCACUUGAAAAUAGGAGAGACAGCGCUUCAUGUUGCAGCCAAGAAUAAUCACCCAUCUGUUAUAAAAACUCUGCUACGUUAUCGUGAUGAAGAGAGUGCUAUCAAUUGCUCGAAUGCGGCGGGAAGAUGGCCCCUACACGAGGCGGUUUACUAUAACAAUUAUGACGCACUGCAGGCGAUGCUAGCUGCAGGAUUGAAUAUGUCCGUACGUUGUAACUUACGACCCCGAACGUCAUGCCUAAUACAGAAGUGCUGCCCUUGUGAAUUUACCCCGCUUCAUAUUGCAGCCAAAUAUGGUCAUCACAGUGCUGUUCAGCUACUAAUUACAGAGAAAGCAGAUUUAAAUGCAGAAGAUUGCAAUGGUUCCACACCACUUCACAUAGCUUCCUGUCAUGGAAUGGUGUCAAUUAUUAACCUUCUCGUGAAAAGUGGGGGAAACAUCAAUAGCAGAAGCUUUAAUGGAUCAACUCCCUUUCAUAGUGCUGCUGCAUGCUUUGCUACAAGUGCUUUUUGGCUUUUACUAGACCUUGGUAGUGAUUUCUUCGCGAAGGAUAGUAAAGAUAUGACAGCACUACAUUAUGUUGUAAAAGACAUAGAAGUAGUUGGUAGAGAGUACUUUGAUGACUUGUAUGUUCAAGAGCCAAAAGAUUGGAUUGAAGUUGGACCGAAAGAGAAAGAACCAUGGGAGAGAGUCAGACACCAACGCUUUUGGUUGAAUGUAAUGAUUGCAAUGAGCAAGAGUUUCGUUACCAAUAUGGUCGAAAGGGAAUUACCGUAUUCCUUAAAUUCAGUAUUGUACCUAUAUUCUUCUGUAUUUUUUGAAUUAGGGAAAAAAGCAAACGCUUCUUCUGUCCUAACUGGGAACAACGGGUUAGAUCAAAGUUCCCUAGUGAUUAUAGCAAUGCCAUUUGCAUAUUUCUAUGACGUAACUUUCCAAGCUCUCCUGAAGAGUCGCGUUUUUACUAUUAACAGACCAUAUGAGCCAAGCGUAGUUCCAAAACAGUUAACAAGAGCAAUAUCAAACACGUUCACAAUAUUUUAUCCAAACGUACGUAACUGCACCAUUCUUACCGUUGCGGUAAGGGCCAAUAUGGCUCACACUGUAAACACUUAUUUACAAGCAGGCGCGGAUGUUAAUUGUCAAGAUCAGUCUGAGCAUACUCCGCUCUCAUCAUAUUUACACAGUGGUGGCCGUCACAUGUCGAAAGUCCUAGUAAAACAUGGAGCGACAGUAGAAAUCUCCUGCGAUCAGCCCUUUGAAAAAUCUACUCUGCAUUUGAUAUCUUACCACAAGUUACAUUAUUUGCACUAUCUUCCUCAGUUCUUGCGUGGAGAUGAAAAGUGGUCCAAAUUCUUAUCAAAUGAAAGUUUUUUAUUUGACUACUUUUUAAACAGAUAUGAAGAGGUCCGCGAAGAGGGACGCACGCGGACAAUCCACACUGGGGAUGGACCCUUGACAAGUGCAAUGAAAUUGCAUCCUCGUGGAACUAAGAUUUUGAAUGAAUGCUUUGACGCUGAAGGCUAUAACGCCUUACACAGAGCAGCACAGGGUGCAAACGUGGUUGCUAUCGAGAAAUUCCUUUCCUGGGGAGCUGAUCCCACCCUAAAAAAUUCUGACGGAUAUUCCCCACUAUGGCUUGCUGUGUUCUAUUCGGUUAAAUACACACCAUUUUUAAAUUUGCGUGGGAAAAAUUUCUUGACGGAUUUAGAAGUGGAUCUCGCAUCAGAAUCUGCAUCAGUCAUUUUAGACCAUGUCCUUCAAACUAAUAUGAUAGAUAUUGGCUGCAGUGAAAGUCAACUCGAUUUAACAAUAUACCAUAUCGCAGCCAUUCGAGGAAUGUGGAGGUUUAUAUCUUAUCUACUUUCAGAGAGGCGUGUCAAAGGAAUCGAUGUCAACUGCCCUAAUAAAGAUGGUAUAACUCCAUUGUAUCUCGCAAUGCUCGUUGGUGGCCUGAAUUGUGAGUGGCGAAGUCCGUGGUGCAAGGUUGUGGAAAUAAUUCGCCAGCACGGUGGAAUACUUCAAUAUCCUACCCUUGAGGCUGAAUACUUUCUCGUAUUUGAUCUCUUUUUCGGAAUGAGUCCGGGUCCAAUGUACUCGGAGCUAGCAGAAGACGAAAUUGCUACACUCCAAGCCGAGGCUGAAAAUCAUGAAUGUAAGGGGUUUGAAUUAAACUCCGACCUGUUCAAAUCGUCAAGGAAAGUAGAUAAGCUUAGCCAUGACUAUGAUCAAAAAUUAAAAGAGUGUUCAAGAGGCAACGUGGAAUGUUCACCCGGAGUCAACAAGAAUUUGCCUCGAUUAGAAUCCCUGAAUUUGGAUUUGCACAAAUAUCAGCGCUUUAAAUUGCGACACAUAAUGAUCAAAAGUGGUUUUGUUGAUUUUCUAGAGGAAGAAAGUAAACGCGUGCACAAGUUUCUUCUUGAUUUUACCCAACCGCGCCAAAGGGUGUCAUGCCAAGUUGUUAGAGAGCGCCAACGAAUAUUUGGCAUUUCCGAUAGUAAACACCAAAGCGAUAGUUGUGCGUGCUCCUGCAUAAGCGUAGACCGUGUUCUUCGAAUGUUCUACCGCGAUUUUAAUACAAGCUUUUAUCAGGUACAAACGCUAUCUGAAAUAGUGAAAUCAUCUAUUUCUUCAGUGGGGACGUCCCCUGGCGUCCUCUUGAAGAUAAAUCAUACAUUGCGCAAGCUUGAUACCACGAUGACGUGCGACUGGAAAGCAAUUGCAACGAAAUACUUGACAUUAUACUUUCAAAUUCAGAACUUUAGACUUGGCACCCAGCAUGUGGAAGAGCAUAUUAGGGUUGUUAGUAUCACAGACUUUGCUUCAACACGCAUGAAGAAGGUAUUCAUCGAUUCAUCUCCGGAUACACUGAAACUUGCUUUAAAACUUGCGUCGAAGAAGUCUUCAACAUUAUUUGAUGACCUUUAUUACCUCACGAAUUUAAAAUUCAGAAAGCCACCCCUGUGGAAAGGUACCUUUGAAAGAUGGAGAUAUUAAGACAAUUAUCUCAGGAUGAAACUUUAGAACAGUGAUGGGAGAAGGGUGGGGAUUUUGGAAGAUAUAAUACAACUGUUAGUUAUUUUUGUGUAACAAAGAGUGGAAAUGGUUUUUUUUUUUUUGUGAGGGAGCAGUUUCGUGGAUAAAUCAUCGUGGUUCUGAUUUGUUCCUGAUGACUAACUGGAGAUUUUUACGUAUGCCACACUUUUCCCGUUGCUUUUCUAAUUGUUCUUCUUUUAAAAACAAGCGUAAACAAACUUCUGACUUUCUA